GGCGGUGGAAGAAGUGAAGGAUCUGAAAGAGCAUCGCACAUUUAUUAUUUGUCACGUUUAACUUCAACAUAUAGGUUUUCCAAUGGAUUUGGAAACUGGAACAUACGAACCAGGAUUUGUUGGGAUCCGGUUUUGUCAAGAAUGUAACAACAUGUUGUACCCGAAAGAAGACAAGGAGAACCGUAUCCUGCUCUAUGCGUGCAGGAACUGUGACUACCAACAAGAAGCAGACAACAGCUGCAUCUAUGUCAACAAGAUCACCCACGAGGUCGAUGAGUUGACACAAAUCAUUGCUGAUGUAUCUCAGGAUCCAACACUUCCCAGGACAGAGGACCACCCCUGUCCCAAAUGCGGUCACAAGGAGGCAGUGUUCUUCCAGUCUCACAGUAUGAAGGCUGAGGAUGCUAUGAGACUGUACUACGUCUGCACGGCCCCUCACUGUGGACACAGAUGGACAGAGUAAAGCCAGCGAUAAUGACGAGGUCGAACAUUUUCGUCUGCGGUAUUGCUGUUCGCAAAACGCUGCAGCUCAGAUGGAGUACUUUCUUUACUAUUACUGUGCAGUUUGUUUGUCAAAUAGCAGAGCUGCUGAUUUUUGUAGACCCUGAAAUGAUCUUUGUUUGAUUGCAUGCAGUUAGUCAGACAUCAUCUUGUGAAUAUAAUGUAUUAAUACUUUUUUUAAUAGCAGUUGUCAUUUUCAAAUUUGUUUUGUUAGAUUAAACAAAUCAGUUGUUUCAAAUGUCUCUGAGUAUUUAAUGAAAACUUGUUACAAAUAUUAAAGGGUUAGCAGACACACCCAUGCUUUUGGCAGCAUGGACUUUUCAGAAUCAGAAUAAGAAUCAGAACUGUUUAUUGCCAUGGUAUGUUGAACUUA